GAUUUUAAAGAUCAAAAUCAGUGAUCUCUGGUUUUGUCUGUGUUGUUCAGGCAGGCACACAGGUGAUUUUACUGUUGUGCCUGACUCGAGACCACCAAGAACUGCUCCAAAGCAUGGCGGGUAUUGAGAACCACCUGUCAGCUGUUCUAGACACCUUCCCAUUGCUGCCCUGAGGGCAUGGUCCAGCUAUGUCCUUGUUAUGGCCUGCAAAAGAGGGUGGGAAAGGGCAGGAGACAGACUCAAAGCUGAAACACGUUGAUGCCUCAUGUGGCAUCUAUGGAGCAGGAUGCAGCUGAGAGUUGUACCUGGGCUAGGUCUUCCCUGGAGGUUGCUUGGAACAUAAUGCACUGCUAAGAAAACCAUUUCAACACCAGGCUCCCUCAGGGCUCUCUGGCACCCAAGGUGACCCCAUUUCACAGGAUUCAGGAUUCAGAGUACACAUUGCACCUUGAGUACUGUGUUCAGUUUUGGGCCCCUCACUUCAAAAAGGACAUUGACGUGCUGAAGGAUGUCUAGUGAAGGGCAACAAGGCUCCUGAAAGGUCUAGAAAACAUGUCUUAUGAGGAAUGGCUGAGGGAGCUGGGUCUAUUUAGUCUUGAGGAGGCUCAGGGGGAGCCUCAUCACUCUCUACGACUACCUGGAAGGAGGCUGUAGUGAGGUGGGGGCCGAUCUUUCCUACUGUGUCUGCAGUGAGAGGACUAGAGGAAAUGGCCUUAAACUGAGACAGGGGAAAUUCACAUUAGAUAUUAGAACAUUUCUUUUCACUGUUAUGGUGGUCAGGCAUUGGAAUAGGUUGCCCAGGGAAACAGUGGAGCCACCAUCCCUGGAGGUAUUUAAGAGGUGUCUGGAUCCGCCAAUGGGUGAUAUGGUUUAGUCGUGUAGGGGUUAGUUACAGAGGCAGUGCUGGGUUGAUGGUUGGACUGAAUGAUCUUAAAGGUCUCUUCCAACCUCGAUGAUUCCAUGAUCCUCACAACCCCGCCCCUCUCCCUCCACACACACGCGCGCGCUGGCAGUGGCGGGCAACAGGUGCUUCUUUCUCACACAACCGAAGGCCAUGGGUAAGAAACGGAGAUGUCUUCAUUCCCCCUCGACAAGAAGGAAAGUGUAACGACAGGGAAACUUCGAACUACUCCAGCUCCGAGGGACUUCCCUCCGGCUCUGCCCAGCGCCGCCUCAGCGCGGGAGGCGGAGCCCGAGCGGACCCGGCGCUGGGGCGGCGCGGGGCGGGCGGGAGGCGGCCGCUCCUGCUGCAAGAUGGCGGCGCAGAGGAGGAGUCUGCUGCAGAGUGAACAGCAGCCCAGUUGGACAGAUGACUUGCCAUCCUGCCAUCUCUCCGGGGUGGGCUCUGCUCCGAACCGUUCGUACAGUGCAGAUGGCAAGGGCACAGAGGGUCACCCCUUGGAGGAUAACUGGCUAAAAUUCAGGAGUGAGAACAACUGCUACCUCUAUGGUGUCUUCAAUGGCUAUGAUGGCAACCGAGUCACCAACUUUGUGGGUCAGAGGCUCUCUGCAGAACUGCUGCUGGGCCAGCUACAUGCAGAUCACAGCGAUGCUGACGUGCGUCGAGUUCUGCUGCAGGCUUUUGAUGUGGUGGAAAGAAGUUUCCUGGAGUCCAUUGACGAUGCCUUGGCAGAGAAGGCCAGCCUGCAGUCCCAGCUACCAGAGGGUGUCCCUCAUCACCAGCUCCCUUCUCAGUACCAGAAGAUUGUGGAGAGAUUGAAGGUUGUAGAGCAGGAGAUCUCUGGAGGAGCCAUGGCUAUUGUGGCUGUCGUUCUCAACAACAAGCUCUACAUUGCCAAUGUGGGUACCAAUCGGGCACUGCUGUGCAAGUCCACGGUGGAUGGGCUGCAAGUGACUCAGCUCAACGUGGACCAUACGACAGAGAAUGAGGAUGAACUUUUUCGCUUCUCUCAGCUGGGCUUGGAUGCAGGGAAAAUAAAACAAGUGGGAACUAUUCGUGGGCAGGAAAGCACUCGACGCAUUGGAGAUUACAAAGUCAAAUACGGCUAUACUGACAUUGAACUGCUCAGUGCUGCUAAAUCUAAGCCCAUCAUAGCAGAGCCUGAAAUCCACGGAGGGCACUCGCUCGAUGGGGUGACUGGCUUCUUGGUGCUCAUGUCUGAAGGGCUCUACAAAGCGCUGGAGGCAGCUCAUGGGCCUGGGCAGGCCAACCAGGAAAUUGCAGCCAUGAUAGCCACAGAGUUUGCCAAGCAGACGUCUCUGGAUGCUGUGGCACAAGCAGUAGUGGACCGGGUUAAGCGGAUCCACUGUGACACUUUUGCCAGUGGUGGAGAGCGGUCCAAGUUCUGUCCCCGUCAUGAAGACAUGACGCUGCUUGUGAGGAAUUUUGGGUACCCCCUGGGUGAGAUGAGCCAGCCCACGCUGACACCAACGCAAGGAGGCCGUGUCUACCCAGUCUCUGUGCCAUAUUCCAGCUCCCAAAGCACAAGCAAGACAAGUGUCACGCUGUCUCUUGUAAUGCCUUCCCAAGGCCAGAUGGUCAAUGGUGCCCACAGCAGCUCAACUCUGGAUGAAGCCACCCCUACCCUCACUAACCAAAGCCCAACUGUGACACUCCAGUCGACUAAUACUCACACACAGAGCAGCAGCUCAAGUUCAGAUGGAGGUCUGUUCCGCUCCCGGCCUGCCCACUCACUCCAGCCAGAUGAGGAUGGGCGUGUGGAGCCCUAUGUGGAUUUUGCAGAGUUUUACCGGCUUUGGAACAUGGACCAUGGCGAGCAGGGAGCACUGACUGUGUCCUAACAUGGUGAUCUGCCUCCUGCAGACACCUGAAGCUCGGCUGCGAGAGCAAAGAGUGAGUGCUCCACUGAGGGCUGUGUUCUGCCCAGAGCUAACUCCUACACAGGAUGUGCUGGACACUGGGCAGGGGAGCUUGUGCACUACACACGCGUUGCCUGUGCCAUGCUCCCAAUCCUGACCAGCCUCAUUCCCUUGGAAGCCCUGUGAACAGGGGAAGGGGUCUUGAAUGCAACCCUCGCUGCAGGUUUUUGCAAAUAAAGAUGCAGAGGGGGCUCCUUCUGGAUGGUGCAAGAGGCAAGGCCUGUACAAAGGCUGCGUGUGUGUGUGUGUGUGUGUGUGUGUGUGUAGGUGUACACGUGUGCCUGCGUGUGUGUUGUCAUAAAGUUUCCACAACUCAAUUCAUAAUGCUGUGAUUCCAGUGUUCAACUCCAUAGAAGAUACCUCUAUUUUGCAGAAUAAAUAACUUAUAGCUACAGUCAUUGGCA